CAGAAAGUAGGGCAAAGUUGACACGCUCGCGGCGCUGAUGUCAUCAUGUACGGGGCUCCCGGCUCCGUCGCACGGCCGACCUUUCGCCUACUUUCCCUUUUCCCGCUGACAGGAGCCGCUUGUGUGUCUGCAGCUGCGCUCGGGGGGGACAUCAGCAGAUUUGCACAUAAAUUAGCCUUAAGGGAACAGUCAGACAUGUGGAUGAGCACUUUUGCACGUUUUGCUCUGCCCGGCCUUCAACGGACCGCCUCUGCCACGGCCCGUCAGGCACUGAGGGCUCGUUGUCAUCCAUGGGCAGCUGCAGCCCCGCGGCCUUCUUUCAUGGGCCCGGCGCAUAUCCGUGGACAUCAGACGCUUGGUUCUGCCUCCAUACCUUUGGCUCACCAGUCAGUCAGGCAUGUCCGGGCCCUAGACGAGGAGCGGCUGGUGGAGGUGGAGUGGGAGGACGGAGGGCACAGUCUGUACCCGUUCACCUGGCUGAGGGACAACUGCCAGUGUCCACUCUGCACGCUGGAGUCCGCUCAGGCCCGCCUGCUCCCUCUGUCUGAUCUAGACAUCCACACAGGAGUGGAUGUUGUGGAGGUCACAAAUGACAACAAGGUUUCUAUUGCGUGGCCCGACCAACACAUGAGUGUGUUUGACGGAGACUGGCUGAAGAAGCACUGUUUCUCUGCUGCAGCCAGACAGGCUAUGCAGGAGGAGCUCUUCCUCAAUGAGCGAUAUUACUGGGACUCCAAACUGCGCAUCCCCACAGCCGAUUACCAGGAGGUGCUCCACGACGAUAAGGCGGCGCUCGCUUGGCUCCUGGCCCUGCGCCGCGUUGGCAUCGUCUACCUGAAGGGGGCGCCUGGAGAAAAGGGCCAAGUGGCCCGACUGGCGGACAGGAUUGGCUAUCUGCGGCUGACGUUUUACGGGCACACGUGGCAGGUCCAGGACAAAGCCAUGGCGAACAACGUGGCCUACACUUCCGGGAAGCUCAGCCUGCAUACAGACUACCCCGCUCUGCACUUUGCACCUGGGGUGCAGUUUCUGCACUGCAUCAACCAGGCAGUGAAGGGAGGGGAGAGCGAGGUGGUGGACGGCUUCCACAUGGCCGAGAAGCUGCAGAGAGAAGACCCGGAGGCCUUCAGGACGCUCACCUCGGUGCGCGUGGACUUCACCGACACCGGCACCGACUACUGCGAUUUCAUGCUGCAGUCCAAGAAACGCAUCAUUGACGUUGACGCCGAGGGUAGAGUUGUGAGAAUAAACUACAACAACGCCACCAGAGACUCUGUGCUGGACCUUCCCUUACAUCGGGUCCAGCCGUUCUACAGAGCCCUGAAGGCCUACGUGAACAUCAUGAACCGACCGGAGAACGUGGUCACCUACAAGAUGGAGCCAGGCGACAUCGUGACCUUCGAUAACUGGCGCCUCCUGCACGGGAGGAGGAGCUACGUCAGCCGACCCGACCGGCUGCGUCACCUAGAAGGCGCUUACCUGGACUGGGACGAGGUGAUGUCGCGCCUCCGGAUCCUCCGUAAAGCCGUCCACGGGGACCUGUGAGCGCGGCUCUAUUAACACGUAGGCAGAAAACCCAGGAGUUUAUAAAAGCUGUUCUCAUAACACACACACACACAAAAAAAAAAAAUGCAACAAUUUUCAGUUUAGUGCAACACAACAAUGCAAAGGUGAACAAGUCACCCUAAAGCUUUUUGGACGUUUCUUUUUAGCUAGAGCUGUUUUACUACAUUUAAAUGUCCACUUUAUUUUUCUAAAAUAAUGAUUAAAAAAGAAGAAAUCCUGUCAUCUAUGAAGUGAUUUGAAGGGUCACAUGACUCAGAACUGGAUUGUGAGCUUUGAAGGAGACUAGAAUUUUUUGUUGUCGUCCAGCAACCACAGUGUGGAGUUUUCUGUCAGUUUAUGGAGGAAUUGCCUUAAGUGCCAAAACAGAAGUGAACACAAAUAAUUCACUGCAAAUGAAAGGAAAAAAAAAAGCAUUAUUAACCCUUUAUGUUCUUUGAUGUAAUAUAACUUUUCAACCGUUAACACGAUCAACGUGAUUCCAGUAGAUUGUGAAGGAGAAAAGCAGCUGCUUUUCUCCUUCACAAUCUACUGGAAUCACGUUGAUUGUGUUAACGGUUGAAAAGUUACAGAAUGUAAAUAUUUUAUGUUUAAGCGUCAUAGACGGCGCCUCAGGUGUGAAAGGGUUAAUCCUUUUCAGUGGAGACGGUUAGGUUGACUAUUCGAACAAAUUAGACAUUUUGUGGCACCAAAUUUACAAUUGAUCUACCCAAGGAUCCCCUCUUUCACCGAUCCAUGUUCGCUACCAGAUAAAUAAAAAAUAUGGCUGCCAUACAGUCAACUAUUACACCAAACAUGAUCCACGUGCCAAAUUUGCACCGCCAUCUUUGGACAAACAGCGAUUUUGCUUCUUGAUGUCCGUUGAAAAAUGCAACGUGAGUGGGAGGAGCUACUGUCAAAUGUUUUUAGCCUGAUUGCUACAUGAGGCACCAUGUGUAAAACUCAAUUAAAACGCAUGGAAUACAUGGCAGGUGUAGGGAGAUCAGGUUUAUGUAGUUUCAGUAGCUCUAUAAACAGGAAAACUGCAGGCCAUGAUUUUUAUAAUCUCGAUCUUAAUCACAAUGAAGAAAAACAUUGCUUAAAUCAGACCAAUUUAUGUUUUCAUGUUUUAUUGAACACAAAUGUGUGUCCAGUUUAUGCACAAAAUCAAGUAAUUCCAAAGGGUUCACAUAUUUUCUCCUGGAGCUAAAUAAGGCAUACUGUUGUUUUUAAUGAGUGCUUCUUAUAGUGUGGAAAACGUGGUUUUUGUACCGCUUAAUCAACGAUUAUUUUAAUAACUGGUCAGUUCUUUGCAGUGCUGCAGCACGAUGCCUUUACAGUCCACACAUGCAUGUAUGCAGGUUGUUUUCUUAGAAAGAUGCUUUUUGUUCACUAGAAAAAAAAAAUCUAUUUUAUUUUUGUAAGGAAAGUUGUGAAAAUUCCCCGAUGAUGAUUUAAGAAGCUGCUAUGAAUAAAGUUCUGAUGUUUUCAGA